UGUUGCGAACAAGUAAUCGGUCGAUGUGUUUUCUUCCAGAAAAUCCUCUCCGACUCGGCCACUCGCACCAAGUUUGCCUCCCACGCAGAGCAGGGGAAAGAAUUAGCUGCCUACUUCCGCCACCUCAUGGAGGCAACCUACGAGGCUGCUUUGGAGGAGAAGGACGCGGGCAUCCGAUAUCGACGUCUCUCACAGGCGCGGCUGGAGGAGUUACACAAGAAGCUGCAGAAUGCUGCCAGGUCCAUCAACGACCUCAUCGCCAAAUGCCUGCUAGACGUGGAGGCUCAGGUGGCCAAUGCGCUUUGCAACGAAAUUAGGCGACUUGGCGAACUAGUGGACAGCUUCAGCGGGCACAUUUUCGCGGCAGACAAUGAAACGACGAUGCGCGCGUAUCGUCACGAGCUCAAUGCCUACAUUGAACGUGAAUUGGGCAAAAAACUGGCCGAUGCUUGCGCCGGUGACAUCCAUUCACAGGUGGUGCGCGCUGAGCAGAUUAUGGCUAGUAAGUAUCGGCCGGAUCCAUCCGGUGUUCGCCAUCCUGUUCGGGUGAUUGUUAACAUUUACACGAACCUGGUGGAGGCGGACGAGUCGGCAAAGGGUAGAAUAAUGCAGAGUGUUCUCUCAAGUUCCUUUGAGCCGGAGUUCCAUGUUGACUGUCGCAAUAUCUGUGCAGAGUUCAGGGAAGACUUGCGGUUCCGUUUCUCCCUUGGUCUCUCUUCUCUAGCCGAGCGGCUGCUCCGUCAACGCCGUAGCGGGUUUUAUUCUGGCUCUACUACCAAUGUGUGGGCAGGUCGCUACACCGGGUCGCAGGGGAUGCCGGAGUAUUCCCCGGUGCUACCACUUUUCCUUUCCUCCCUUCCAGCUCUACUCUCCCGAAACACUGUUGGACUACUUGUGGUUGGUGGAAUUGUACUAAAAGCGACAGGCUGGCGUAUGAUAAUGAUAUUGGGAGGGCUUUAUGCAGGCCUCUAUGCCUAUGAGCGCUUGGCGUGGACGAACAGAGCUCGCGAAGCAGUCUUUAAGUCCCAGUACGUCACUUACGCCUCACACAAGCUCCGCCUCAUUGUUGACCUCACUGGCACCAAUGCGCGGCACCAGGUGAAGCGAGAGUUGCAGCAGAUGCAAAAGCGCCUCGGAAAUGAGGGCGAGGGCGCCGCAAAGGUCCUUUCCGACGAAUUAGCUCAGUUAGACAAAGACCUUGUCACCCUCGACAACAUUACCACAUCCGCUAAGACACUCAAGUAA